AUUGGCUGGGACGCGCAGGCUAGGAGGAGCCGACCGCGGGGCCGGGAGUGCGGCGGCGGUGGCGGCGGCGGCGGCAGCGGCAGCAGCAUGGGUCCUCGCCCGCGGCUUCGCUGAACCUCACUGGCCUGGGCUGCCCGCGGCGCCCGCAGCGGCGGCGUCAUGAAGGGGGCCCUGGGGAGCCCGGUAGCCGCCGCGGGCGCCGCGAUGCAGGAGACGUUCGGCUGCGUCGUGGCCAACCGCUUCCAUCAGCUGCUGGACGACGAGUCGGACCCGUUCGACAUCCUGCGGGAGGCCGAGCACCGGCGCCAGCAGCAGCUGCAGCGCAAGCGUCGCGAUGAGGCGGCGGCGGCCAGCGGGGCCGGGCACCGUGGCGGCAGGAGCCCGGCUGUGGCCUCAGGACACAGGCCUGGCGCAGGCGGCCGCAGGGAGUCGCAGAAGGAGCGCAAGAGCCUCGCGGCGUCCGGCGCACAGCACCCAGACAGCCCUGGGGGCCCGCAGCCGCCAGGCCAGAAGCGGACUCCUAGAAGAGGGGAGCAACAAGGAUGGAAUGACAACAGGGGGACAGACGUGGUGCUUGAUAGAGCAGAGCGAAGGUCCUACAGGGAAUACCGGCCCUAUGACACUGAGAGACAGGCUGACUUGACGGCGGAGAAGUUUACCGAUGAAAAACCAGUUGACAGGUUUGAUCGAGACAGACCACUGAGAGGACGUGGAGGCCCCAGAGGAGGCCUGAGGAGCAGAGGCCGAGGCGGUCCUGGGAACAGAGCUUUUGACUCCUUUGACCAAAGAGGGAAACGAGACUUUGAAAGAUACAGUAGCAAUGAUAAAGCAAACAGAAUGGAGGACAGUAUGGGUGGCUGUGUCAUUCGCCCCUGGGGAUCAGGUAAAGACACUAGUGAUACAGAGCUACCUGCACCCAUGGAAGAGACCUCGAUGAUGGAGGAGUGCCAGGGCGCCCUGGAUGAGGAGUCUGCAGCCAAAGUUCCUGAGUUGGAAGUAGAAGAGGAAAACCAAGUCCAAGAGAUGACCUUAGAUGAGUGGAAAAACCUUCAAGAACAAACCAGACCAAAGCCUGAGUUCAAUAUCCGGAAGCCGGAGUCCACAGUUCCUUCCAAGGCAGUGGUGAUCCACAAGUCCAGAUUCAGAGACGAUAUGGUGAAGGAUGACUAUGAGGAUGAGUCCCAUGUCUUCCGGAAAGCUGCCAAUGAUAUCACAUCCCAGCUGGAGAUUAACUUUGGUAACCUCCCUCGCCCUGGUCGGGGAUCCAGAGGCAGCACCCGGGGAGGCCGAGGAAGAAUGAGAAGAACAGAGAACUAUGGCCCCCGUGCAGAAGUGGUGACCCAAGAUGUUGCUCCCAACCCGGAUGACCCUGAGGACUUCCCCGCCCUGGCCUAACAGCCACUCCCCUGCAGCAGAGCAGCACUAUGAAGAGACUUUCCUUGCCGCGAGAAGAGUCCGACUCUAAGAACAAUAGAUGUUGCUUUUCCCGUGUCGUGUGUGAAGUUGUUGCACUUUUUUGCUCUGUGGUGUUCCCGUGAGGUCAGGCCCUUUCCCCAGAUAGAGACUUUUGUAAGGGAUAAUGUUUAAAAUGUGUACAUAGAUUCUAACAAUUCUAGCACAGAAGUACAGAGUAAAGUAAAUUAGAAAAUAGAACUGCUGGGCAUGGUGGUGCAUGCCUUUAAACCUAGCACUUGGGAGGCAGUGGCAGGCAGAUCCUGAGUUCAAGGCCAGUCAGGACACGUGGAGACAUGGAGAACCGCUCAUGUAGAGCAGCCCCAUCCUAAUUUUCAUACCAUUCACCUGUUACUGCUCAAUUCUGAGAAUUCCCGAGCUGCGGCUUAGACACUGUGGGCCAGGGACAACCGCUCUGAAGCAGAGGAAGUGCUGGUUCUCAGUAGUGAUUUAAACUACCUCGUGGUCUGUGCGUGCACACAUCCUCAGUAUGUGUGUGCAGACUUAGGGUUCAGGUGGUUGUUGAGCAUAAUGAAAUGAAAAGGUUUCCUGGGUAGAAGUGUAUUUUUUUUUUUUCUCCCUCAACACUAGUUUUGGAAUUCAGCACUGUUUACUCUGAGCAGACUGACUUGUAACUCAAUCGCAUUUACUGACUGCAAACACGGGCUGGUCCCUCCCCUGGGCUGUGCCCCAGUUCCUGUGUUGUUCUUAAGGCCUCUGGUGGAGGUUUAGGGUUAGGGACCACCUCAGAGGCUCAAUCACCCCAAAUAGCUUGAGACCUAGGGCCACCCACCCACCGGCAAAACUAGGGAAGAUUCAUUGUAUGUGGGAGGGACUAGCCAAGGUGUUGGACAGAUUAGGGAGGGAGGUUUGCCUAUUGUGCUUGCAAUGGAACCUUGCUCCCCAGACCUGUGCUACCCCCCCACCCCCACUCCCCCACCCCCAGCCACAAAGUCUGAGAUGGUGCUGAACUGGAACCCAGGUGUAAAUGAAGGUUGGUAUUGUUUUCCUACUGAACUCUUGGGGUUUGGUUGAGUCAUCAAAGUUGAAGCUCUCUAGACAUAACUAUUGAGGAUGUUGCUUUGGGUGACCACCUGCUUCUGACCCCAUGUUUAUUAAAUGAAUGAGUACAAAGGUA